AUGAAAAACUUUACAAAAAAAUUAGCAGAAGUUAAACAACAAACCAUGGAGAAAAUGGGUAAAACCGAAUCACAUGCAGAUAAUGAUGCCACUAAAGAACAAAAAGAGAAAUUAAGAGUGAUUAAAACUGAAUACUCUCAAAUUUAUACAGUUGGUAAACUUUAUGCUCAAGAAACUGAAAAAUCCACACAACAAGGAUCACAAUUUGCAGAUGCAUUAGCACAAUUUGGAACAGGAUUUGUAUCAAAUGAACAAGUUAGUGAGGCAUUAAAGAAUGUUGGUAUUCAAUUGAAAUCAGUUGAACAAGCACGUCAAAGUUGUAAUGUAAAUUCAGUGCAAUCAUUAAUUAAUCCAGUUGGUAAAUUCCAAGAUACAGAGAUUAAGAAAGCAAGAGAUUCAAAACAUAAACAAGAUCAAAUUCGUAUUCGUUAUGAUACUGCAUUAGAGAAAUUACAAGAAGCUAGAAAGAAGAAUGAUGCAAAUUCAUUAAAAGUUAAAGGUUUAGAGAAUGAAUGUAAUGAAAUUAAAGUCGAAUAUGAUGCUGUCACCGCUGAAUUCACUCAAACUAUGGAUAAUUUAAAUCAAGAAAUGAAUAAACAAUUGGUCGAAGAAUUACGUGAAUAUACUUUACAACAAUUGGCUUUCUAUAAACAAGCUGCUGCACUUUGGGAAGAAACUAGUGAUUUAUUAUCUUCUUUUCAAGCUUAA